GGUUCUUUCAGUUUCCAGAUUUGCUUCUCAGUCUAAUGGGGCUUGUAAAUAUGCAUUUUUUAACGUUGUUUGCUACAAAUGAGACAUCUUUUCCGACCCUUUUGCUGUUUUUUGCAAAUGAUGCUCUGGUUUCUUAAUUCAAAUUCUGUUGGCACCAUUGUUUGAAAUUUAGGAUGUUUGCUAAUCCUAUUUAGUAAUUUUGAUUGUACUUAAGUUUCCAAUUGGACAUAAUGGGUGCUGAAUCGUGAUCGUAAUUUAAAAUUACAUGAUUUGGUUUAAGGAAUAUGUUGUGAUCUAUUGGCUUUUUAGUGUGGAAAGUAGUAGAUUCAGUGAAGUUUUGCGUUGGAGUCUGAAAGGUUAACUCCGGUUGGAUAAGCAGUUCUCCAUGAUAUUUGAGUGUUCAUUUGGUCGCAAAGCUGAUUUUUCGAGUUUCGUAGAAAUUUGGGGAGCUUGCUGAUCGAUUUUAAGUUGGCCAGACAUUAGGAAAAUGGUUUCAAGUUAACUCCUUUGGAUGGUAAAUAAAGUAAUGGCAGCCAGUUGAUACAGUUCAGUGGUGCUGGAAGAGAUUUCUAGCCAUUGGAGCCGGUGGGAGGUCGGUUAUUCUAAACGGUGAUGCCAAUUUUUGACCUAGUGUUAGAUAAGUUUAUGUACUCAGUCACAUUGUACCGAAACUUUUCCCUUGAAGAAUCAAAUUCUGGUCAGAAUAGUUUCUAUCAGUUGGCUGGCAUUGCAAAAGGAACAUGUAGCUGACAGAUGGCAACAACUUGAAGACGAAUAUGCACCCAAUAAUACUCUUGAUCUGCGUAGCUUUGCUCUAUGAUUGCUUUUGGGGUGUUCCCGAUCCAGACAAAAUUGAUGAGGAGGCUUCACCACUGGAGAAAGAUCAACCAAGAAGAGUUCUGCCUCCCAUAGUUAAUUGUGAGAAGAAGGAGGUCACUGAUGGCGUGGGAGACAUCCUUUCUCAAGUCUCGCAAACACAUGAUGUGAUCAUGGCAUUAGAUAAGACAAUCUCCACAUUAGAGGUCCAGCUAGCGACAGCGAGAGCUUCUAAAUCUGGCAAUCAUGAAGGAUCUCCUGUGGUGAUAAGACCGGGAAAGGAGCCAUUGAAAGAGCGCCAGAAGCUUUUCUUUGUGAUGGGAAUCAUGACUGCCUUUAGCAGCCGAAAACGAAGGGAGUCAAUCAGGGAAACGUGGAUGCCCCAAGGGGAUGAGUUAAAGAAGCUAGAGGCAGAAAAGGGAAUUAUUAUGCGGUUUGUUAUUGGACACAGUGCAACUCCAGGUGGCCUUUUGGAUCGUGCCAUUGAUGUAGAAGAUGAGAAACAUAAGGAUUUUUUCCGGCUGAAUCACAUAGAAGGAUAUCAUGAAUUGUCGUCAAAAACCCAAACAUAUUUUACCGCAGCUGUCUCUAAGUGGGAUGCUGACUUUUAUAUCAAGGUUGAUGACGAUGUGCACAUAAAUCUUGGUAUGGUUGGUUCUACUUUGGCCAGUCAUAGAUCAAAACCUCGUACAUAUAUCGGUUGUAUGAAGUCUGGACCUGUCCUAGCGAAUAAGGGGGUCAAGUACCAUGAACCGGAAUAUUGGAAAUUUGGAGAGGAGGGAAAUAAGUAUUUUCGGCAUGCAACAGGUCAAAUAUACGCAAUUUCCAAAGAUUUAGCAACUUACAUCUCAGUCCAUCGGCACAUACUUCACAAAUAUGCAAAUGAGGAUGUCUCUUUGGGUUCUUGGUUUAUUGGUCUUGAUGUUGAGCACAUUGACGAGCGAAGCCUUUGCUGUGGUACCUCUACUGAGUGUGAGUGGAAAGCUCAAGCAGGAAACCCUUGUGCUGCAUCGUUCGACUGGAGCUGCAGCGGCAUAUGCAAAUCGGUGGAGAGAAUGGAGGAGGUGCACGAGCGAUGUGGAGAAGGUGAUGAAGCUAUUUGGCACACUAGCUUUUGAAACCUGUGCUCAUUUGAUUGUGAUGUAAAUGUGUAUGGAUUUAACAGAAGGUUGGUUAAACACAAACCACCUGCCCCAUUUUUGCUAUUAUUUAUGCCCCUGGGACAGUUGGUAUAUGAUUAAUUUAAUCAUUGCACAGAGAA